AUGGAGCGGGAGACCCGCGCCGGGGUUGCGCUGGUGCCGAGGCGGAGCGGCUGUGGGCCUUCCUCGCGCCACCGCCGCCCAGGGCUGCUGCUCCCCGGCCUCUGGCUGCUGCUGCUCGCCCGGCCGGCCUCGUGCGCCCCAGAUGAACUCCACCUGGGGCAGCACAGCCCUUCUCCACGUUCCUCCUCCGUGGACUUCCUGCCAGAGAGGAGCAUCACGCACAGUGCUGCACAUGUGGUCUUACCAGAGACUGUUCCAGGGACCCAGCCAAGCAUUUCUUCCCCUGUCCCGUCCCCUCCAUCUGCCCCUACUUUUGAUACAGCCUUUUUAAACCACAGACAACAGACUCAAAGUACAGCAGAGCCCAGCAUCUUUGAGGCAAAUUAUGGAUCCGUGACGAGUAAUGAGGUAGCCAUUGCUGAUGAGGAGAUGGAUAACUUUUUGCCAGAAGCUCCCUGGAUCUCUUCACGGGUGGUCUCCUCAACGCCGUAUGUCACAUUGAGCCCCCCAGAGCCACCACCCCAGGAAAUGUCAGGGCCUGGGAUGACUCCCUUACUGCCCACGAUUUCUUUGCAGGAUGAAGGGCUGUCUGGAUGUCAGAACACAGCGCAACAAGCAACUGUGCGUGCUGAGUCCUCCGGUUAUCCCAGCACUUCUUGGUCAGCUUUUCUCACAUCUGAGGGCAUCAUUCCAACUCCUAGUAGGAGUUUGGUGCUUCAUCCUACAGAAAUUCCCAGCCAGUUAUCAAGCAACGCUUUGCCAGAGAUAGUAGCUCCUGUGACAGAGGGCGCAGAAAACCUCCCUUUCAGCUCCUGGAUUUCAGUGUCUCGGCUGUUAGGCAAUGGCAUGACUCAGCAGCCAUCUGUUCCCCUGUGGGAGGUCUCCCAGCUUCCAAUGGGUGUCCUGGCCACAAGCACAGACAGAUACCCUAACGAGACCAUUGCCUGGAGUAAACAUCUAGAAGAUGCCACCUCUCCAAGAACACACACCAGUGUGACCACGUCACCUACAGACCCUGUUUUUAGCAGCCUACCUUCUGCUUUAUUUUCAACUCCACUUUCAUCUGUGUCUUUCGCUGCCCAGUCACCCGGAGUUUCAGAUAGCCCCUUUCUCUCCAGCGAGGCCAUGGAAGCCUUCGAGUCGCCGCGCAGCUCCACGGUCCCCAGUUUUACUGACCAUCCUUAUAUCCUGAGCCCCGAGGCUUCCCUGAGGCCACAGAUGCAGUGUGUGUCCUGUGCUGUCUCAUCAUCUCAGCAAGUUGUAGCCAGGAGCCUCACAGAGGGGGAUAUGGAAUCAGGGGACAGGCUUGAGACUCUGUCUGUGGCCUCGGUAGAAGCAAGCCGUCUCUCUCCAUUGAGUAGCGUGGGUACAGACCUCUCUGAACUCGAAGAUCUUCACGAACUUAAUACACUUUUCCCUUCCCGACCUGUGGUUUCUCUUCCUUCCGGGUCUGUGGGGCUGUGGAAAGCCAGCAUGCAUGUAUCACCUGAGGGAGAUAUGAGCAGCAUUACCACCACCCAGGUGGACCCUACCCAGGUGGACCCUACCCAGGUGGACCCUACCCAGGUGGACCCUACCCAGGUGGACCCUUCCCAGGUGGACCCUUCCCAGGUGGACCCUACCCAGGUGGACCCUACCCAGGUGGACCCUUCCCAUGGCCUCCUCUCUACACCAAGCUCACUUGAUUCCACUUUUGACUUCUCUGUCACCAACAAUCUAGUGAUGCCAUCCAGUGUGACCCAUCUACUGUCCUCGGUCAUCCCCAACACCCAUUUUGGCUCUUCUUUCACCUUGACUGCAAAUCAGAAUACACCAUCCCUCCUUCUAGCUGGAAACCCAAGCCUUCUUGAAACCUCUCUCAGUUUGGUCCCCUCAGUAGAGUCUAAAGUUUUCUCUGACCAAGAACCUACCAGCCUCCUGGAGCUUGAGUCUGGAAGUCUUUCGAGUUUCACACCCAGCUUUUACUCCGCUUCGCCCCUGGACUUCAGCUCUCCGGCCCCUCCACGGUCAGAUGAUCUUGCUUUUCCAUCUUUGAUGUCAAGCGAUCCAUCAACUUUCUUUUCUCAACCUUCUCCCACCAUGGCUGACACCUUUUCAUUGUUCAGCUCUAUCGAUUUGCAAUCACCUCAGCUCUCUGUUCUUAAUUCCACGAGUCUAGAGCCGUCCCAGCCUUGGUCAAGUUCAGACCUUUUGAAGACAGUCACUUUUCUUCCUAGUCACUUCGAAAUGCCCCCACUUUCAAGUUCCCCCUCUGAGCCUCUCAAGUUUGCCGAAGCGUCGAGAAUUUCACUGAUAGAGCCCGAUGUCCAUCUUACCUCAGCUUUCUCCGAAACUACCUCUGCCUUUGACUUUUCCCUCAUCCCCCAUGCACCCACAGUCAGCACACUGGUGUCCUCCAGCUCUGAACCCACCCUUGGCAUCUCAACAGCCGAGAUGCACGCCACGUCACUGCCAGCUGCUUUCCAUUUGACACCCAUUUUAACUGAGCCAUCUCCAUUCUUGGUUCUGACACCUUCUGACGGCAGUGUGCGUGUAACAGACCAUCACACACCUGUCUUGAUCACAUCCUCCAGUGUCGUUAUGACCAGUACAGAGUCGAUCUCUGUUCCAUACCUCUCAGCCUCCUCCUCACUUGCUUCUGAAGUCAACUCUUCACCUCUGCCCACAAAGCCAGUCAUGGGCUCAUCACUGACACCCACAGAUUUGCCACCCAGUACCUCCCCGGAACCAAGUACUUCCCCGGAACCAAGCAUGCCCAACACCAGCACUGCCCCUGGUGAUACCGUGGACUCUGCUCUGAACGGUGACCCUAUGAGUCAGAACCCUCAGGGGAACAGUGUGCCCCCUCCCCAACCCUCCCUCGGUCCUGUGACCACCUCCACGCUCGAAGCCACAGUUGGUACGCCAGCCCUGGCCACAGCCAAGCCGCCAUAUGUGUGUGAUAUUACAGUUCCCGAUGCCUAUUUGAUCACAACUGUGCUGGCCAGACGAGCUGUGCAGGAGUACAUCAUCACAUCAAUAAAAGAAGUACUGAGAAUUCACUUCAAUCGUGCGGUGGAGCUGAAGGUUUACGAGCUCUUCACAGACUUCACUUUUCUGGUGACAUCUGGUCCUUUCGUUUACACGGCAAUAUCGGUCAUUAAUGUCCUCGUCAACAGCAAGCUUGUGCGUGACCAGACUCCUUUAAUCUUGUCUGUGAAACCGUCUUUCCUCGUGCCAGAUCCCAGGUUUCAAGUUCAAACAGUGCUUCAGUUUGUGCCCCCGAGUGUGGACACUGGCUUCUGCAACUUUACCCAGAGCAUUGAGAAAGGCCUGAUGACAGCUCUUUUUGAAGUGAGGAAACACCAAGGGACAUAUAACCUCACAGUGCAGAUUGUGAAUGUCACCAUUGGUUCUUCUCGGGUGGCUCCCCGGAGGGGCCCAGUGAAUAUCAUGUUUGCUGUGAAAGGUGUGCAAGGCUUUCUGAAUGGGUCAGAGGUGAGCGACCUGCUCAGGAACCUGACAGUGGUGGAGUUCAGCUUCUACCUGGGGUACCCGGUGCUGCAGAUCGCAGAGCCCUUCCAGUACCCACAGCUCAACUUGUCUCAGUUACUGAAGUCCUCUUGGGUCCGAACAGUCCUCCUGGGUGUGGUGGAGAAUCAGCUCCACAGUGACGUGUUCCCAGCUGAGAUGGAGCGCAAGCUGGCCCAGCUGCUCAGUGAGGUGCCCACCAGGAGACGCAUGUGGCGGAGGGCCACUGUAGCCGCUGGAAACAGUGUGGUCCAGGUGGUGAAUGUGUCCAGGCUGGAGGGGAAUGACAAUCCGGUGCAGCUCAUCUACUUUGUGGAGAAUCAGGAUGGAGAGAGACUCAGUGCAGUCAAGUCUUCAGACCUGAUCAACAAGGUCGACCUCCAGAGGGCAGCCAUCAUCCUGGGGUACCGGAUUCAAGGCGCCAUUGCUCAACCUGUGGACAGGGUGAAUCGGCCGUCCCCGGAGUCACAGAGCAGCAGCCUGUGGGUCGUGGUUGGUGUGGUCAUCCCAGUGCUGGUGGUCACCGUGAUCGUCGUCAUCCUCUACUGGAAGCUGUGCCGCACGGACAAGCUAGACUUCCAGCCCGACACGGUGGCCAACAUACAGCAACGGCAGAAGUUGCAGAUCCCCAGUGUGAAAGGCUUCGAUUUUGCUAAGCAGCAUUUGGGCCAGCACAAUAGAGAUGAUAUACUGAUUAUUCAUGAGCCAGCGCCACUGCCAGGACCUGUGAAGGACCACGCCACACCCUCUGAAAACGGAGACGUGCCGAGCCCAAAGUCAAAGAUCCCGCCCAAGAGCGUCCGGAACAGAGGAAGAGUUUCCCCCUCAGAUGCCGACUCUACGGUCAGCGAGGACUCCAGCGAGAGGGACGUGAGAGAGAAGCCACCAGCCACUGCCCAGGAGAGCAAGGCCCAGAGAGCUCUGCAGAGCGGCGCGCCCCCGCCCAGCUCAGGCACCGAGCAGCCGUCCUCAGCCUCCAUCUUCGAGCAUGUGGAUAGGAUUUCCCGGAACGCAGAGGCCAGCCGGCGGGUCCCCAGUAAGAUCCAGCUUAUUGCCAUGCAGCCCAUCCCGGCCCCCCCAGUGCAGCACCCCAUCCUGGCUGACCGAGUGGCAGAAACCAACAAAAUCAACAAGGAGAUCCAGUCGGCGCUGCGCCACAAGUCGGAGAUAGAGCACCACCGCAACAAGAUCCGCCUGCGUGCCAAGCGCCGGGGCCACUACGAGUUCCCCGUGGUGGAUGACCUGUCUUCCAGUGACACCAAGGAGCGACACCGAGUGUACCGCAGGGCACAGAUGCAGAUUGACAAGAUCCUGGACCCCGCAGCCAGUGUGCCCUCUGUGUUCAUAGAACCCAGGAAGAGCUCACGUUUGAAACGGUCUCCUAAGCCACGCCGGAAGCACCAGAUCAAUGGCUGUCCCGCCGAUGCUGAGAAGGACAGGCUCAUCACCACAGACAGCGAUGGCACGUACAAGCGGCCGCCGGGUGUGCAUAACUCUGCCUACAUUGGAUGCCCAUCUGAUCCCGACCUGCCGGCUGACAUGCACACCACCUCCUCCGCUGAGCUCAGCAGGUAUCCCGGCCUGCCCUUCUCCGCCUCUCAGUACAUCCCACCUCAGCCGUCCAUUGAGGAGGCCCGCCAGACCAUGCACUCCCUCCUGGAUGACGCCUUCGCCCUUGUGGCUCCCAGCAGCCAGCCUGCCAAUGCUAUGGGAGCAGGCCCUGGGGUGCCAGCCAGCCUGCCUGUGAACAGCACCCCUUCCAGGGAGGAAAGGCGAGCCACGCAGUGGGGGUCUUUCUACAGUCCAGCCCAGACGGCCAACAACCCCUGCAGUAGAUAUGAAGACUAUGGGAUGACUCCACCGUCAGGGCCAUUGCCAAGCAGACCUAGCUUUGGCCCAGGGUUGCUACCGGCUUCAGAGUUGGUCCCCCCUGACCCCCCACAGCCACCGUCAUCAGCUGAUGCUCCAUUUGCUGCCCGAGGGGUCUACUCGGAAGAGAUACCAUCAGUGGCCCGGCCUCGGCCUGUUGGGGGUACUACAGGCUCCCAGAUCCAGCAUCUGACACAGGUGGGACUUGCCAGCAGAAUCGGGGCCCAGCCAGUGGAAAUUCCUCCCGGCAGAGGCAGCCAAUAUGGGGGACCAGGCUGGCCUGUGUACGGGGAGGAGGAGGCAGGGCGCAGAGAAGCUACCCAUAUGCUCGGACAGCAAGAGUAUUCUUCACCGCUGUUUCAGGUGCCAAGGACUUCGGGCAGGGAGCCCUCGGCUCCUCCCGGGAACCUCACCCACCGAGGGCUGCAGGGCCCCGGGCUGGACUACCCGACCAGCUCCACAGAGGACCUGCAGCCGGGCCACUCCUCUGCCUCCCUCAUCAAAGCAAUCCGCGAGGAGCUCCUGCGGCUCUCUCAGAAACAGGGCUCAGUACAGAGCUUCCACAGCUGAUCAGCCUCCCUCGUGGGGUUGCCAAGUAUCCGCUUCCCGUGGAAGCAAGACCAAAAGGAAAUCAACUGAGUGGGUGUUUGUGAGAGUCGGAAGCAGCGUCUCCGGGGCAAGCUGCCCGAGGAGAGGGACAAGUCGGCAAUUUUAGAGGACGCCAAAAAGUCACUCGGGCAGCUCAGGGUGCUUCUACAG